AUGGGAAAAUCAUUAGCUGGAAAGGGUUCUCCAGAAGUCUGGUUUGGCAUUCUCAUCUCUUUUGUUUUAUGCUUUGUACUGCUUCCCUUUGAUUAUCCAUGUACUUUUUUUGGGGUAGACUAUGGUGUUAAUCGCUUUGAAAAGAAACAAACUCACCCAACUGGUAUAAAGAACCAGUCGAUUUCUGUUAUCAAUCAAUCUACCAUAGAUUCAUGCUCUGGUCGUUACAUUUAUAUACAUGAUGAUCUUCCUGCUAAAUUCAACUAUGAUCUGACCAAUAAUUGUGAGUCUCUUACUCAAGGGAGUAACAUGCGCAAUAUGUGUCCUUACAUAAAGAAUUUCGGUUUUGGUCCUGAAAUUAACAGCUCUGAAGGGGUUUUAACCAACAAGAGAUGGUUCUCCACUAACCAGUUCUCAUUAGAGCUCAUAUUUCACAGCAAAAUGAAGCAGUAUGAGUGCUUGACAAACAACUCCGCUCAGGCUUCAGCUAUUUAUAUACCAAUCUAUCCCGGCCUUGAGGACAGUAAACAUCUGUGGGAUCCUAACCUCACAGCCAGAGACGCUUUCGGUAAAGAUUUUGCUAAGUGGGUUUCAAGUAGAUCUGAAUGGAAGAAAAUGUGGGGAAGAGACCAUUUCUUUGUUUCAGGAAGGGUUGCUUUUGACUAUAGGAGGAAAACUGAAAACAUUACUGACUGGGGUAGUAAACUCAGGCUCCUGCCCGAGUCCUGGAACAUGACUAUGCUAGCAAUUGAAGGAAGCUCACUUACAAAUGAUAUUGCUAUACCAUACCCUACUGGCUUUCAUCCUGCACAUAACAUUGAGGUGUUUCUAUGGCAGAACAAAGUGAGGAGGCUAGAAAGGCCUUACUUGUUUACUUUUGUUGGUGGACCAAGGCCUGACCAGCCAAACUCUAUCCGGGGCAAACUUUUCGAUCAGUGUCAGGCUUCAAACUAUUGCAUAGGAUUAAAUUGCAAAUCAAGGGGGAUCAAUUGUGAAGAAACGGUUACUACUAUGAGGGUGUUUCAGAAAUCAGUAUACUGCUUGCAGCCUACUGGGGAUACAUACACCAGAAAAGCAGCUUUCGACUCGAUUCUGGCUGGUUGCAUUCCUGUUUUCUUUCAUCCGGCUAGCGCUUAUAACCAGUACUUAUGGUACUUGCCAAAGAAUUACACCAAGUAUUCUGUUUUUAUUCCAGUUAGGAGAGUAAGAGAUUUGGAAGACGGUGACAUUGAGAAAAUCUUGCUUGGAAUUUCAAAGGAUAGGAAAGUCGCGAUGAGAGAGCAAGUGAUAAGGCUAAUACCAAAGUUGGUGUAUGGAGAUCCAAGGUCAAGAUUAGAGACCAAGGAUGCAUUUGAUAUUGCUGUCAACAAAAUACUUGAGAGGAUAGAGAACGUAAGGAAGCUGAUUGGGGAAGGGCGGGAUCCUAGUAUUGGAUUUGCAGAGCAGGAUGGUAACAAGUUCAUGUUUCCAAAGGAGCUAGAAUAA